CCUAUGUUAGGUACCCAGGACCUCUAUCGAUUUUAAAUUGCAACUUUCUCCCAUGUGCUUACUUCACAGCCUCUUUAACCACGAACAACAGCCACCUUUGAAUAGGCAUCCUGACUUGAUUCUUUUCAUCGAAAUUCUGUUCAUCUACUCUAUUAAAAAUAUUGACAUCAUGCCAUUAUUCGGGGGCCCAUCUCAGGGCUCCACGGGGGAUAUAUGGCUACGGAAUAAACCUACCAUCGAGCGUUUCUACGUGAUCGAAAAUAAAACCGCCGAAGAAGUAAUGGAAGUCAUGGAAAGGGACUACGGAUGCCCACGAAUCACGAAAAAAGCUUUCCAAAAAAUAAUCCGGAAUAAGCUCAAAUUAAGCAAGAGGCUCAAGAAAGGCGACUGGUUGAGAAUAUACCGAUAUUACCUUGUCAACAGAAAAGGUCUGCCAACUGUAGUUUAUCGUAACAACAGAAAGAUUCUUUGGAAGGACGUGAUGAAGGAGGUCAAAAGGUCAGGGCGUUUGCCGACAACAGGUCAGGAUGGUGAUGCCACGCUCCCUAUGGAUGUUGUAUUGAGGACACCAUCACCAUCACCAUCACCAGCCGGAUCUCAGAUGUCCUAUUCUCCAGCAACAAAUCCUCAACAAUCAACGGGCUCCUCACCCCAACCGUCAACCUCUUCACCUACAGCUCCUGUUGUAUCACUGGCCGGAAAUUUACCGACAUCCACCAUAAGAGAUAUUAACAAUGCCCUAAAUGGCAUCCCAUGGAUUAAGUUUAACUAUAGAAUGCUUUCGACUGCAACUUCUCCACACGAUAGCGACACAAACCUCCCGUUGGACCUCAACUCUUUGAGGACUCUCAUUGACACCAGACUUGGAUUAGAUUCAUUUAGGAUCUGGAAAGCCGCAUUCCCUUCUACCAAACUGCACUUCUUGAGCAGUAUGCCCUCAUCUUUUGCACUUACACCAGACAUCAAUGUUUAUUACCUCCUAGCCAAAGUCGUUUAUUUAACCUCUAAUAAUCUCCAUUACUCGUCUAAUCGGUACCACAAUAUAUUUACCAGAACCAUCCAACUUCUGUCCUGCCAAAUACCGAAAGAAGUUCUGGAUGGAUUGUUCCAACAAGAUCUCUCUAUCCUUAGGAUCAUAUGGGAACACUUAACUGAGUGUGCCGGCAUAUCUAGCUAUCGUGACACAUUCACUUCAUUGAUCAAGGUUGGAUUCCAGCAUAAAAGAUGGCUUCUCCCUGAAGGGGAUUUAUACCUCUCUUUUGCUGCCUCGAUGAAUGCUCUUGACGUUGUCCAGGAUCUACUCAACGUCGGCAUUCGUGCUGAUGAUGUUGUAAGAGGCAGAGAGUACCCCGUUAUCAUUGAAGCCGCGGCUGCUGGCAAUAUAGAAUGUAUGAAGUUGCUUCUAGGAGCAUGCGACGUAAAUGGCAAGAUUAGAUGCAACAGGUCAAGCUUUCAGAUACUUAUCUUCGCCUUCGUAGAGGGUGAAUUUCGCAUUCCUACAAACCAAAACUAUCUAAACUUAUCAAGCUUUCCCAAGGGAAUCAGAAGUGGACAGUUCACUACGGUCAGGGUCAAUCUCAGGAAUGAGUCCCAACAUCUAAUACUAAAAAUGUUUUUGGAUUGUGGUGCAAAUGUCGACUUACCGUGGGCUACCCGCCUCACUACCGAUAAUCAGGUAUUAUACGAUGUCCCCGAGGAAUGGUGUCCCACUACCUUAGAAAAAAUUCAAUACUGGGACAAAAGUCUAUUCGAAGAACUCGCUCCAUAUAGCACUGUUACCACAGGACGCAGUUUUCGACAAAAUAUAUAUGUUUUGGCGUCGCAAGGCAAGGAAUACCUUCGUGAAUACUUAUCCUUGCAAUCGGCAGAGUCUGGUUCCAUGACGAAGGCAUCCUUGGAGUUGGUUCUCUUCCAGCAAAUCAUAAAUGAUAAAAUUAUUGAUAUAGAGGACGUACGUAUCAACAUAGACAUUAUUCGAGGACUUCUUGAAUUCGGUGUGGAUACAAACCUUCGUUCGUUAAAGAGCUAUACAAAAUAUGAAUAUUGUGAUCUGGGUAUCCACGAUCUCCUCCAACACCUAGUCUUAAAACCGGAUGUUCAUCGCUUUGGCAAGAGCUUUGAUACAGUUUUGAGGCUAAUCCUUCGAUCAGGAGCAACCAUAACUCCGGGCGUAUUGGCGGCUGGUGUUCAGAAAGAGGGAAUCGAUAUCUUGGAAGCCCUUCGCAGAGUUGGCGCCGAUGUGAGACGAUAUGGCGCUAGUGCAUUAGUUUUGGCUGCACGGUUUGACAAUUACGAUGCCGUUAAGUGGCUGUUAGAUUCCGGGGUGGACAUCAACGCAGUGGUUCUUGAUCAGAGUGUCAUUGCAUUAGCAAGCUGGAGCGACAUACGUUGCCUGAGAUGUCGGAUGUGGUCUUGUAGACAUUGGAAGCUUUCUGAUCCAGCGAGUUGCGAAAUGCUGAGAUACUUAGUCGACCGUGGUGCGACUUUGAAGAAUCACCCAGGCGACUCAAAUUCUUUUCAAUUCUUGUACCAUCUCCUCCUGAGGUAUGAGGCGAAUGGCUCUAUAUCUAAUAUGAUGGAGCUAUUUCUACCGAAAUUGCGUCCUCACGACCUGCUGCCCCCUGAUAAGUCUAAAAGUCUAUGGGAAGCUUGUCUCCAUUCAGAAGAACAACAUUACCCCGAUGAAAAGCAAGCCAAAACCCGAAAGGAAAAGAUUGCGGUACUCGAACUGCUUCUCAAGCACGGCUUACUGGUUCAGGAUGACCUUGCACUGCCAAGUUUGGUUGAUUAUAGAGGACCGCCCGAGUUAAUCGAAAGGCUCCUGGAGUCUUGUAUGGAUAUUGAUACAUAUAUCGAAGAUUUGGAUUUUACGAGAGGUCUUAUUCAAUCUGCAGCAUAUCAAGGUGAUAAAGCUUUGGUUGAAAAGCUGCUACAAAAGGGUGCCGACAUCAACCAGUCAAAGGUUCCCUUUUGGGGGAGAACGGCCCUCCAAGUCGCAUGUGAUUGGAGACAAGUUGCAGCAGGGGAAGAAGCGAAGAGAGUCGGUCUUAUUCAGCUCUUGAUCGAGAAAGGCGCAGACAUUAACGACCCUGGAAGGAUUUGUAAUGGAUAUACGGCCUUGCGGUAUGCUGUUGUCCAAGGCAAUAUAGAAGUCGUGCUUUUAUUAAUAUCUGAGGGGGCUGUCAUCAAUACGCCCGACAAUCAUAUGUAUUAUCCGUCCACUAAGUAUAAGUAUUAUGCGCUAGACUUGGCGACGUCUCUUGGAAGACUUGAUAUAGUUCACCUUCUCUUAAAUGUUGGAGCUCUUAGUGGCAGCCCGGGGCAAACCGGUUAUGAUGGGGCGAUUGAGGUGGCGGAAGAAUGUAGACACUUCGCUGUGGCCGAUUUGAUACGACAACAUGUAGGAAAGGACCUGAGAGAUAAUUGAGUUCCGGACGAAGCUGAAUUCGAAAGGGG